AUGGCCGAACAGAAGAUCCAACCAACCUUUGUGGUUGAACACUUAGACCCUGAGUUGGGCCCAUGGUCCACUCUGGAAUAUGCUUGCAUUGCGCGUGAAUCCCAUGCCCGCGGGGCAAGAUUCUUGCUGAGCUCUGUGCCCGCCGAGCUGCAGAUGCCCGCGGAUCUGGCCGCCACCAAGGGCCUCGAGGUCGAACAGCGUAGUGUCGAGGAGAUAUUCGCUGACCGUAAGGAUAAGGUCUGUUUGUUGGAUCCAUCUGCUACGACCGAGUUGAGUCCUGAGGAUGGUAAUACUUUUGAAGUCUUUUUAUUUGGUGGAAUUCUCGGUGAUGACCCACCAAGAGAUCGCACCUCGGAAUUGAGGAAGAAGGGCUACGUUGGUCGCCGAUUGGGACCUAAGCAGAUGACUACAGAUACUGCUGUGCGAGUUACUCGCCUGGUUGUGCACGAGAAGGUGCCCCUCGAGGAAAUUCAAUAUGUCGACUACCCCGAACUGCUCAUUAACGAGCAUGAGCGCACUGAAAUGCCAUUCCGCUACGUCAAAGAUGCCAAUGGGGAGCCCAUUAUGCCCGAUGGGAUGGUGGAUCUUAUUAAACACGACGCCGACAAGUCCCUCGACGAUCUUUUCUAA